AUGGACGAAGAUAACGGGGCAAUGAGUAAAACUCAAAAGAAGCUAUUUGUAAAUGGUAGAUAUACUAAUGUUACUGAGUUCAAUAAGGAACCACCAAAGCCUAUGUAUGUCACAACUGAUUUUGGCAGCAAAGGAUUAUAUAAGGAGACCACGACUAAUGGAGGUGGUUCUAAAUCAUAAUCUGUAUUUAAAGAUGUGGCUAACCUCAGAUUGUAAGGCCUGACAUUCGAUGCUUGUCACAUGGAUAGAUUCCUGAAUACCUAGUAUUGCAAUGCUACUUCUCCAAGCAAAGUGCUUAUGACCUAGACUAAGAACCCUUACAGUCCUAAAAAUGCUUAUUCAAGAACAAGUCCUAACUAAGUGCGACAAUCACAUAAUUUUACUUCAAUAGACAGAGAGCAUAAGGGCCAGUAACGCAUCUACAUUGACUAAUAUGACGGCCCAUCUUCUCUUAUCAAGAGAGAUGAAAUCAAAACUAUUAAGGAUAAAAUAGGCGGGGACAAGUACAUUUACGACAUUGAGAGAGAUAAAGUUGCAAAUAUGAAUAAGGACUUCACUGAGUUGAAAAGGAAAAUGCUUGAAGAAGAUGGUGGGCUUAAAAGUUCAAAGCAAAGAUACCUAGAGACAGUUUAGCUGAAAUAAGAAUUGAAGAAAUACAAGGAAUUCAAAGACCAGCAAUAGUUUGUAGGAAAGAGAGAUAGGUUGCUUAAAAAUGGGUGGAGACAUGGCAUCCUGGGGGUUGAGAACACAGACGAUCCAGGUACUGAUAUCUAUAAGGAUGUUCAACAGUCAAGAAACUAUCAAUAAGAGGACAAAGACCAUAUUAACACUCGCAGAUACAAAAAGAUUGUAAAGGCUGGAGGAAUUUCGAGUUAAGUUGACUUUGCAAGGGCGGGACAAUUCAAUGAAAUGAGAAAGGAUGAUAAAAAUAUAGUGCCAAUGUACCCAGAGUGGAAGUCGAAGGGAACAAGUCCUAUGAGGUUCUAAGACACUCAUAAAGAUAUCUUUGUGCAUCUUGAUGCACCUUAUAAUCCACUGAGAGCCUCGAAGCUUAAACUAGAAGAGAAGAGGGAUAGACCAUUUAAUAUUAUCUCAGGAGAAAUAACAUCAAUCAUAUGA